AACGAAUGCCUGGGGCUCUUGGGACAGAACGGAGCUGGGAAAACCACGACCUUUAAGAUGUUGACUGGAGACCACAUGGUGUCCUCGGGAGACGCCUACGUGAAAGGGCUGAGCAUCAAGACGAAGAUCAAAGUCGUAGGUCUCGGCUAAGCUUUAAAUAAGAUCUAAAAAAACAAAACUUCUGAAGAUUAAGCUAAAACUUCACACGUAAAUCCAAAGAUUUCUGUCUCAGAUCUCUAUGCUUCUUUGACGGCAACGAAUGGCACAAAAUGAGCUUCUGCGGAAAUGACAGGCAAAACAAGUUUAAUAUCCAAUUGAUUUAGAACAUCCCCUAAAACUUAAAGAAAUAUCAAUGCAAACAAAGAGAGGAUUUUUGUGGUAUAUCCUUAGAAAACCCGUUACAUUUUUCUGAUAUAAUCGAACGUUUCCGAAUAUCUUUUCAAACCUAUAAAAUGCUUCAUCUUUAUAUUUAUUUCUUUUCUCAUUACCAAGCUUCACAUAUUUUAUUAAUAAAACAUAUAGAAACAUCUUAUUUCACACAUAAUUGUCAGUAAACAAGUUAAUAUUUCACAUAUAAGCGUUAGUAAAGCACACAUAUUUAUUUAUAUAUUUAUUCAUUAAUCAUAUCAAUAAUAAUUCUUAUUUAAGCUUCACAUAUUAGGGGAAUUUUGUAUAAAGUGAAACACAUUGGGUAAGAAAAAGUCUUGCCAAUAAAUUUUGACCGUUGGCGAACGAUAUAUCGAGUUACGAACAUAAGCAUGCGCCCGCAAAUAGUCCAACCGACUCAGAAGAGAUAGCCUUGGCCAACCACACUGACUCAGAAGUGAGAUCUUUGGCCUGUCCCUGAGACAGACUAGAAGAGAAAGCUUUGGCCAAUCUCAUGGACUCAGUAGUGAGAUCUUUGACCUAUCAUACUCACUUUGGCGCUUUCCCAUUAAACAAAAUUCAUUCGAGUCCUGUGACAAAAUCUACAUUCACAUAUUUUUUUCAUCUGUGUGUGUGUUAUUUUAGUCCCCAUUAUAGCGCUUGAAAACCAAAGUUAAAAAUUACGUUGAUUUCUAUGCGAAACUUUUUUCCUUAGGCGCAAGUUUCGGUUUAAGAACGGAGUCACUUAAAGUAUUCAACUCGUCCUACGUUCCAAUUUUAUGUUGUUAAAUAACAAAAAAAUGAACUUAUUUUUCACAUAUUAUUGUUCAUAAAACACUAAUAUUUGCACAUAAUAUUGUCAAUAAAACACUAAUAUUUCCACAUAUUAUUGUUCAUAAACUACGUAUGACUUUGCAUCCUCCAGAUUCACACUAUGAUGGGCUACUGCCCUCAAUUCGAUGCCCUACACGACGUUCUUACAGGAACUGAAACUUUAUAUUUAUACGCCCGGCUUAGGGGGGUGCCAGAGUCCAGCUUGAAUGAGGUCACCGAUGCCAUCAUUGACUUCGUCACGCUCAGACCACAUGAAAAUAAGCUGACUCGCACCUACAGGUAAACCAUCGUCCUUCCCCCCCCCCCCCCCCCCACGCACCUUUGAGGUAACAAAACAUAAAUCAAUGCUCGGAAGUUGCAUCGAUAUAAAAAUUUAGACGUCGUACGUCUUUUGUGUUUCUUUCAAUACUGACAAACGAGACCAGAACUUAUUUGGGAUCGAUACAUAUUAACCUUAAAGUUGUUUCUGCUGAAAGUAGAAAAAAGUGUUUUCUUUGAGGGAAAAAACGUGGCUGACAAGACGUAUUGAUGUGUUGCUGUUAAUGCUUGAGGCAUCUGCAAAUAUCUCGCGUCCGGAGAAAUGUAACGUUUCGCUAGUAUUUGUGUGUGUGUGUGUGUGUUUACAACAGAUGUUGUGUAGCGUUAGUCUUCGAGUGAUUUUUACUAAGUUUGAUUUGUAUAUAUGACGAAACAAAACCAGUUUUUGUGCUUAUGUGUUUACCCCGCCUGGGGCCAUGGGUUGUCUACAAGAAUUUUCCUCUCAUUGGUUCAUGUGCUUUUCUUUCGAAUUUGUUCAAGACGUAUCCCAUAUUUAGGGAAUCUUAAAGUUAUUUAUAAGACUUUCGUACAGAAUUUUCGAGUUUGUGAUGCGCUGCUUUAUAUUUCCUCAUUCGUUUCACAAUCUACAGUGGAGGAAACAAACGGAAACUGUCUGUUGGUAUUUCGAUUAUCGGCGACCCGAUGUUCAUUAUGCUGGAUGAGCCGACGGCUGGAAUGGACCCAGUGGCUAGGAGAAGGCUAUGGACUGUUCUGCACUUGAUAAGGUCGUCAGGUCGGACCCUGGUCCUGACCUCUCACAGGUUGGUCCGUACCACUCUAUCUUGUCACAGAGAGGGAUGUUCGUUAGUGAGUGAGUCAGAGCUGAUUUGAAAGUGUUCCUUUUGUUUGCAGCUCUUCACACUUGUACGCCUGAAGGUUGUGUUCAAUAGUAGAUAUUGUCGUUCACGUCUUUUCACCUUAUGCCUAAACAUAACUUAUCUCGCUAUUUCCUUCACGCGUCUUGAACGGCUUCCGCCAUUCGUUACCCAUGAUCGGCUCUUACACACUUGACGGAAGCACCUUCUCAAUGGACAUGUUUAUGUAGACAAGAUUUUCUGAACGUCAUACGUUUAAAUAUAUCUAUCUGUAUAUUUAUAUCUAUUUAUAUAAUAUAUAUUUAUUAUACAUAUUAAUAGAUAGAUAGGUAGGUAGGUAAGUAGGUAGAUAGGUAGGUAGGUGGGUGGGUAGGUGGGUAGGUAGGUAGGUAGGUCGGUAGGUAGGAAGGUAGGUAGGUAGGUAGAGAGAUAGAGAGAUCUAUAAAUAUAAACAUUUAAAUACACCCACUGCCAUAAGCAAUUUGGCACAGGAAAUACUUACUUUCUAUCCUUACUUUCUAUCCUUACGUCUCUGUUUAUAUUUUGUGUAGCAUGGAAGAAUGUGAGGCUUUAUGCACUAGAAUAGCCAUCAUGGCCAAGGGGAGAAUACUGUGCCUGGGCAGUCCCCAGCACCUGAAGAACAAGUACGGGCAAGGCUACACGGUCGUCAUGCGUGCUAGUGUUGAUGAGCAGGGCACGGUUUUGCCUCUACAUGAAGCCCAGGUCUUCGUUCUCCAGUCAUUUCCUAAAACCCAGGUAAAAGUGCCGCCAGUAUCCCUGUAAAUGCUAAGUUACCUUUGUAUAAAACCGACCGACGCCUUGCAAUGACGUCAUUUCUUUAGUAACUUUGUGUAUCCCCAUCACGUGGCCGUCACAGCAGGGUGUUCUUUAUUUUGAUCAACUCAUUCUGCAUACCAUUAAAAUAUACAGAUUAAAUUAUCUAUGUUUUUUAAAUUUAUAUUCAUGGAGUGUGUCCUGAAAAGUUAACUAAAUUAAUUUCUUAUUGUUUUCCUCUGGGAUACAUUUGAAUUUAACUGACAAAGGUCCUCUGGAUUAAGAGUGACAUUGAUCCUUCCGUAUAAACAAGUAUGCGUAGGCAACACAUACAAAAAAAAAACAAAAAUCGAGUCAUCCGGUUAAGGGGAGGGUGGGUUACGGUGAGCUGGUAGGUGGCUUGCUAGACCGACCCGUGCUCGGAAAAAUCCCUGGCACCGCGGGCUUGGGAUAGUUGCUGCAGCCGGUGACCGGAUGUUGCUCUUUCGGGCAAUCCUGCGUGUCUCAGCUGUGGUUAUCCUAUUAGCUUCAUGGGAUUUAGCCCCUUUCAUGACAGCUGCUCUCCACCUGGCUCUGUCCCGGGCUGUCUGCACCCAUUGAAUAGGGUUAAUUCUAAAGGCCUUUAGGGCCACUUUCAGUCUUAAUGAUCAUUGGAUGACAGGAAAAGAAUAACAAACCAGUGUGUGGAUAUAAGAAGUGUCACGAGGAGAAUGGAUGAGUUGAUUUUUAUGAGGUGGUCAUGAGACGCCCAUGAGUGAGUGAAAACUACUGUGCUGUUUGGUUAGACUGUGUAGUGAUAAAGAGAUACUGUAUUCAGGUGAAUCUGCAGGACCGAUGUACAAUGUAAAGAAGAACUCUAAGCAUUCAUAAAGUGUUUGUGUUUCAAUAGUCGGUGUGUUGUGCAUUCGUUGACACACAGUGAUGUUGAGUACAAUCGACAAACGUUGCCAGAGAGUUCUCGAAGAUGCUCGACUAGAGUAAAAAGUAUUUUAACGGCGAUUCGAAAAAGUUUUUAAAAAUAGGUUAGUUGAAAUCUGACUCUAAAAUGCCACUUCUUCGUCCUGGUCUUAAAUAAACUUUAUGUUGCACGCACCGUAAAGCAUUUUUGGCACAACAAUGUUCUAUUCAUGACACCCGCAGGUCUUUGCCACUCAGGAGGCCUACGUCCACCUACAAGUCCCGGACACAGUGCCGCUGUCCAAACUCUUCGACACACUAGAGACGGCGAAAGAGAAAUUCAAGUUUCAAUUCUACAGCGUGCAACAAACGACCCUCGAGCAGGUCUUCCUGAUGUUCAUGAAGGACACUUAGACUCGUGGAUCUCGACUACACUGAAAGUUUACAAUAUCGGGCGUUACCUGAAUUUUUUUAUUUUUUUUUUACACAUUUUACUUUUGAAAAACAAAACUUGUUUCAAUCAAUUAAAAGUUUUCAUAUAUAAAAUGUUUCAUUUUAUCUGAAAAAUAAAGGUAUGG